AAAGUGCACAGCUAAGGUAGGAACAUUUACCUGAUGCACCAGUUUCCAUGUACAGGACUAAGUGAAUGUUCCUGUGUCUUACAGCUCCCUGCAAUAAAAGGAAUUCUCUUACCUUACCCUCGCACUCUGAAUUUUCAUAUGUGAAACAAAACCUUAAACUACAGGCAAUAAAUCUUAAAGGAACUUGCACACUUUUGCACUUCCUUAAUCAACUGCCCUCUACUCAGUACUACAAGCACAGCAAGUGAAAAGAUUCUGUCUCCAUAGUGACGCGUUCAGGCGCCUCCUACUCCUCCUUCAGUUUGCCACUUCUGGUGCGCCAAGAUGGCGUCGCUGCUGGAAGAGAAGGAUUUACGGGUGCUAAGGCAGCGAUUUCAGCGACAAGCCGAGUCUCUGCUUCAGGGAACGGAGAAUGAGGACAGCGAUGAAAAAAAGAAGAAAGAAAAACCCCUUCCCAGAGUUAACCUCCAUUCUGUCUUCUGGAUAUUGGCAGCUGUGGCUCUGACCUAUUACAUUGACUUCUUUGAAGUUGUUAAAGAAAUUCUUCAGGGAGGCUGCAUGUGGUUGCUGACUGGAACCAUAUUGUUAGCUAUCAGUUUAUCCAUUGCACUGUACUGUAUGGUUUAUCUGGAGUGGUACUGCAGGAUCAGCGAUUAUGAUAACCAGUAUCCAGCAUUAGUGCCUGUAACAGUUGCUGUCUUCGUAACGGCUGCCGUGUGGAUUGUCAACAGGAUCCUGGUUAGCACCGGCUGGUACAGUUACAAUGUUGCCUUGUGGCCAGUCUGGUCAUUUUUCACUCCAUUUAUACUCUUUACCCAGUUCAUGGGUGUGGUGAUGCUGGUGUCCCUGCUUGGAUGACUGUAUGAAGUUGGUGAAAAGGGAUGGACAUGGAAUAAAGUCUCAACACGUGAUGGAAUUCUGAAGCAAUUUUAAUUUUAAACAAGUUAACUCUAAAUUUAAUUUCCACUGUAUGAAUGUGCGAGAGUGUUCACUCUUUCUUGCUAUUUGUUUUGUAAAGAAUAGUAAUGUUUCAUUUUAAACUGUGUAUCAUGUGGUCAAUCAUAGCAGCAAUGAUUAUUUAUAUUGUUAUGCUGAUAACAUGUAGUGACUAAGAGGAACUGGUGUUCACAGCUAAUAUAACAACUUUUCAUAAUACAUAUUUAUAAUUAGAGCUGUUUUUCUUAAUCUGACUAUUUAUCUUUGUGUAUAUAUGUAUAUAUAUAUAUAUAUAUAUAUAUAUAUAUAUAAUUGUCCAUUUUGCCAUCUGUCAUGUAUUACGCAAUGCUUUACACUGAUUAAAUGGCAUCUAUUUUAGUGCUAACUGCAGCCUGCCCAAGCAGACUAGAAUUCAUUAUCUGACUAGGGCCAACCGCCAUUCUGUGCACAAAUUGGUCCAAGUUUCUGAUAUAUUGCAAAGCUAUAAUACUUGUGCACUAGCUAUAGAAAAAAAGGAAAACUGGUAUUUCCAUAAACUAUUUUAUACUUAUUUGUGUAGAACACAAUAGAACUUAUGUUGCACAAUAUUUCUUUUGCAUUGAUCAAGAAUCAAGGUGAGUUUUGUCUGCUUUAAUUGGAUGUAGGCUAAUGGCAGACGUGGUGAAUUUUCGACCUGUGAAUAGAUGCCGGUCAAGAAUCCACCAUCAGAAAAAAUAAAUAAUAAAUAAAUAAUAAUAAAUAAAGCUUUUCUGAUUUGUGCUGUCUGGGUGUCAGCAAUUACGUUGAGCAGGACAGAGCUGACCGGUAAGUGCUCCCGUGAUAUUUAUUUGUUACUAGAAUCCACCAUGUCUGGCAUUAACCAUAGACUUCUUUUAGUGGCCUAAUAGGAAAGGCCCAUGAUAUUUUGCAGAAAUAAAUGGAUGUCCUCAUUAUGUAAUACAAUGUAACAUUAUUAUUCUGGUCUUUGUUAGUGAAUGGGCACCUAGUGGGUUAUUACAUUCAGGAAUAUUUCUGUACCAGAGAACAUUUCUGGUAAAAGGGGUAGCUGGUUUGCCUCAAGAACAUUAGACUUUGUUCUUCCUCACUGUUCCUUUCCUUGGAAUGAUAUAUAACUAUAUAUGACUAUAAAUUAUUAAAUCAGUGUUUAAAAUGUUAACUUUCAAACACAAGAAAUAUAACAAAUACAUUAACAGAAUUCUUAAAUGAUAAAUACAAUGUCUCUUUAUUUUUGCUACUUUAAGAAUAUUUUUGUAUAUAUUUUUUUGAACUUCAUUUUCCUGUUCUACAAUAAAAGAAUAAAAAAAAAGUUAUUGUAAUAAAAUAUAUAUAAAGCACA